AUGGAAAAAUCAUUGAUAUCUGUUGGACUCUUAUUAUUAAUAGGAUCAGGUUUAUAUCUAAAAUAGAAUGGAGAAGACCUAUAUGAAUUACAGAAAGUUAAACAAUUUAAUGAUUGGAAAUUCUAAUACAACAAAAAAUUUAGUAGUGAACAAGAGGAGAUGUAUAAUUGAUAAUUUAAAAGUUUAGGUAUCGUUAUUUAGUGUUCUAAUAAAAUGCUUAAUUAAUUGAGGCACAUAACAAUGAUAAAUCUGGUAAGUAUACAUAUACUUUGGAGACUAACUAAUUUGCAGACUUGACAGAAUAAGAAUUUGUAUAAAGAUAUUUGAGUUUGAAACCUAAGAAUAGUAAUAAAUCAAAAUCAUUUGAUUAUGUUCCAAAUGGAUAAGCUAGAGAUUGGGUUGAAGAAGGCAAAGUGCCACCAAUUAAAGAUUAAGGAACAUAAUGUGGUUCUUCAUGGGCAUUUGCUGCAGUAGGUGUAUUAGAAAUCAACGGCAAUAUCAAUUUUGGAUUAUAAUCCUCACUCUCUGAGUAGGAUAUGUUGGAUUGUUCAGGUCCAUAUGGUAAUUAAGGUUGUUCUGGAGGAUGGAUGGAUUCUGGAUUUGAAUACGUCAGAGAUCACGGCAUUGCAAGUGCGUCAGAUUAUCCAUAUGUAGGAAAAGAUUAAACAUGCAAAACUUCAAUUUAAAGAGAUUUCAAAUAUGUUACAGGUUUUAUUGAUGUUGAUGGUUGUGAGGAACUCUAAACUGCUAUUCUAGAUUAAGCUAUUUCUAUUGGAGUUGAUGCUAGUAAUUGGUCAUUUUAUAGUAAUAAUAUUAUAUACCAUUUAUUAUAGAGGGUGGAAUAUUCAAUAAUUGUAAACAGAAUUUGACAUCUGGAUCUAUCUUGGUAGGUAUUGAUUAAAAUGGAGUUUGGAAAGUAAGACAUUAAUGGGGAUCUAAAUGGGGUGAAAAUGGAUAUAUUAGAUUGGCACCUGGAAAUACAUGUGGUGUUUGUGCAGCGGCUUCAUAUCCAGUUUUACAGAAAAAAUGA